AUGAAGAAAGGCAGUGGUAUAAUUAAUAAGGUAAUAGACAAUUUACCGUUUGAGUUACAUUUACCUGGCUAUCAAUUUUGCGGUCCCAAAACGGAACUUCAAAAACGGUUACUCAAAGCCGAUCGUGGGAUAAACAAAUUGGAUGAAGCGUGUAUGCUCCAUGAUAUUGGUUACACUAACAAACAUUCGGGCGCUCGACAAAAAGCGGAUUUAGAACUUUUGAAAAUGGCUAAGAGGAGGUUGAAAUCAGAAGAUGCUAGGAAAGGAGAAAAAAUUGCCUCUUGGAUAGUCAAAAAUGCGAUGAAAGCGAAAAUCCGGGCGGGGGGCGGUAUAAAAGCAUUUAAGAAGGGGAUAAAAAUACAGUCUCAGUUGAAAAAACUAAAAUCCAAAGACAGUCACUCGGCUAUAAAAUAUGCCUAUGCAGCUGCUAAGAAAAUAUUUAGUAAUAAAAAUUGA